AUGGGGGGGGGGAGGGGGGGGGGGGGGGGGGGUGUGGGGGUUGGGUUGGGUGUUUGUUGGGGUUUGGGGUGGGUGGGUUGGAUUGGGUUUUGGUUGUGGGAUUGGGGGGGGGUGGGGGGGGGGGUUUGUGGGGGGGGUUGGGGGUAUGGGUGGGGUUGGGGGAUGGGGUGGGUGUUGUUUUGUGGGUGGGUAUGGGGGGGGGGUUUGUUGUUGGUUGGGGGUUGGGGGGUGGUGUUUGGUUGUUUUUUUUGGGGUUGUGUGUUUUGGUUGUUGGUGGGGGUUGUUGGGUUUGGGUGGGUGGGGGGGGGGGGGUUUGUGUGGGGGUUGGGGGGGGGGUUAUGUGUUGGGGUGGUUUUAGUGGGUGGGGGGUGGGGGUGGAGGGUGGGGGGUGGGGGGGGGUUGAUGUGGGUACUGGUUGGGGGUGUUGGGGUGUGGGGGUUGGGGGGGGGGGGGGGGUUGGGUGUUUGGUGGGGGGGGGGGUGGUUGUUGUGUGUUGGGGGGGGGGGGGGGGGUGUGUGUGUUGGGGUGGGUGUUGGGGGUGUGUUGGGGGUUGUUUGUUUGUUUGUGGGUUUGGUUUGGGGGGGGGUUGGUUGGGUGUUUGUUGGGGGGGUUUGUUGGGGGUUGGGUUUUGUUUUGGGGGGUUUGGGGGGUGGUUGGGUUUUUGGGGUGUUUGUGUUGGGGGGGGGUGGGGGUGUGGGUGGGGGGGUUGGGGGGUGGUGGUUUGGUGGGGGGGGGGGGGGUUGGGGGGGGGGGUGGGUGGGGGGGGUUUUGUUUGGGGUGUGGGGGUUGGGGGUGUGGGGUGGGUUGUGGGGGGGGGGGUUGUGGGGGUUGGGGGGGGGGGGGGUUGGGUUUUGGGGGGGGGGUGGGGGGGUUUUGUUUGUUGGUGUGUUUGUGUGGGGGGGGGGGGGGGUGGGGGGGGGGGGGGGGGUUGGGGGGGGGGGGGGGGGUGGGGUGGGGUUGGGGGUGGGGGGGUGGGUGGGGUGGGGGGGGUGGGGUUUUUUGGGGGGGUUGGGGGGGGGGGUGGGGUGGGUUUGGGGGGGGUGGGGGGGGGGGUUGGGGUGUGGGGUGGGGGGGGGGUGGGGUUGGGUUUUUGGUGGGGGGGGGUGUGGGUUGGUUGUGGUUUGUGGGGUGGGGUGGGGGGGUUGUGUGGGGGUUGUUUGGGUUGGGGGGGGUGGGUGUGGGGGGUUGGGGGGGGGGUGGGGGGUGUGGGGUUGUGGUGGGGGGUGUGGUGGUUGGGGGGGGGGGGGGGGGGGGGGGGGGUGGGUUGGUGGGGGGGGUUGUGUGGUUGUGGGGGUGGGGGGGGGUGGGGGUUGUGGGGGGGGGGGGGGGGGGGGGGGGGGUGUGGUGGGUGGGGGUUGGGGGGUGGGGGGGGGGGUUGGGUGUGUGUGGGGGGGUGUGGUGGGGGGUGGGGGGGGGGGUGGGGGGUUGUGUGUGUGGUUUAGUGGUUGGGGGGGGGGGGGGGGGGGGGGGGUGGGGGGGGGGGGGGGGGGGGGGGGGGGGGGGUGGGGGUUGGGGUGGGGGGGGUGGUUGGGGGGUGGGGGGGGUUUGGGGGUGGGGUUGGGGGGGGGUUGGGUUGUGUUGGGGGGGGGGUGGGUGGGUUUGUGUGGGGGGGGUUGGGGUGGGGGGGGUGGUGGGGUGUGGUUGGUGUUGGUGGGGGGGGUGGGGGGUGGGGUGUGGUGGGGGGGUGGGGGGGUUGUUUUGGUGGGUGGUGUUUGUGGGGUUUUGGUGUUGUGGGUGGUGUUGUUUGUGGGUGUGGGUGUUGUGUUGUGUGGUUGGUGUGUGGUGGUGUUGGUGGUGUUGUGGUUGUUUGUUUUUGGUUUAGGAGUUUAUGUAUUACACACAGAGUGGUGA